AUGAAAUUCCUUGCCGUUUUCAACCUUGCUUUGUUGUGUGGACAGAGCGUGGCCUCGGUCCAUUGCACGGUUGUGAAGCCUGAUCUCGUGAAGCGAAUGUGCGCGUUUGACAACUGCCCUUCUAUCGGCUAUGUCAAACGCGGGCAACUUGUACAUGCCGCAUGUUUAGCUGACUGCAGCACUGUGGAUAAUCCAUGGGUCAAGCUGUUUGACGAUACCUUUAUCCAAGCAAGGAAGCAAUAUCUCGAACAAUGUCACACAUUUGGCAAGGAUGCUUUCAUCAAAGACCUUCCCCCUUGUCAUGUGGUAGACAAAAGGUCGAAAACAGAUUGCGCAUUCCUGUCGAGCUCUCCUCAGUUACAUUCACGACCUGGCAAACUUGGCUCAGGACUUCUCAAGCCCCUGAAAAGAGAUACGGGCAACAGUCUCGAGUAUGUGUCAGGGCCGAUCGCAUCACACAACACAACUCUUCCUGAUAACGUAGGCAACUCGACGACUGUUUCCGCCAAUUCAACCGUUUCUGCGAAUUCGACGAUUCACCUUGGCAACAAUGCAACCAAUCCGUUCUUCAAAAAGUGGUACAAGCGUCAUGCCAUCCAAUCUCCUCAGAUCUUCACUACGAUAACCCUGCCUAUACCAACCCCAUCUCUCACAAUUCCAAUCACCACGCCAACUCUCUCAUUGCCAAUCCCAACCUCAACAGUCUCGACAUCAAUCCCGUUCCCGUCAACCACGGCAGCUAGUCUGCCUCUCCCUACCGGUAUACUUUCGCGUCGCCAUGAUCAACAAAAGGUUGACUUUGCCUUCUUUCCCAACUCUACCAUCCCGCUUGGCAAUGUUACAAAGCCUCAUGUUCCUAAAAGAUCGCUUGUGGCUCUUCCUUUUAACGCUUAGACGGUGGUUGCUCAGCCUUGCUCUCGAUUGUCUACUUUAGGUUUCUCUCUGUCUUUACCAAUAUCUGUACUGGAAAAUCUUCUGAUAGUUCGCCCUCGUUGAUAUUACGCUCUUUCAAGCAUCAUACGUUGCUCAGCUACUUGUAGGUAGUCUUUGAUCUGCUCUAGGAACCCAAUUUUAC